AUGCACCCAGUUCCUCAAGCACCGUACCUUUCUUCGCCCUCACCAUUGUUCCCCAAUCGGGGGUGGUGCUGGCAGCGACCCUUGCGCAUUUUCUGUCCUUUUUUUUCCGCACCGUUGCGCGCCGCCAGCAGUAGACGCUGCCAUCGCCCUUUCCUAUCAAUUCGCUUUAAGAAGAGGUGUUGCAACAACCCCCUUCUAUUGGGGGUGGUGGAGGCGAUACUGCCGGAACCGCAUUCACCCGCAAUUCCGCCCGUGAUCUUGCGUGUUUUUACCCCUCCUUCCUAA